AUGCCCAACAUGAGAAAUAUAUCAUAUGAAAUUGAUUCCUACUGGAAUCAGCCUGAUUCUAACCAGACCUUCAGUAGCGUGCCUCUCAUUGGAAAGCCCGAAGCUAUUUUCUGGUGCAGCCUCUUUAUCAUGGAAGCCGUGCUGAUUGCCGCAGGAAAUCUGCUUACAACGUUUGGUUUUAUCGGGAGCAGGAAACUCCGCAAGAGGCGCUACUAUCUAAUGAUCAACCUUGCGAUAGCAGAUGCGCUGGUGGGGGUUCUAGCCAUGCCACUGUUUAUCGUCCCCCUUGGAACGUCUCUCAGAGUGUGGGGAAAGAUAUCUUGGAUUCCUGGUGACGUCAGUUUGUUUCUCGACAUGUUUUCAGGCUUCGCCUCUAUUGUGUUUCUUGCUAUGAUAGCGCUGGAACGACUCUACGCUACCUUGCGGCCCUUCAACUAUCGCGCCCUGAAGUCGCGCUGGUACGUCCUCUUCACUAUCAUAGCUUGGAUGGCCGCGGGAUCGAUCACGUCCCUUCAUCUCGCGAUGAUCAAGUCUCCCAAUACCUUUGUCUCCUCGACUAGUAUCAGCGCUGCUAUGUGGAUCCCAGUCCUAGCCGCGCUGCUGCUGAUUAUCAGCGUCUCAUACGCAAUCAUCUGGAGGAAAGUGAGAAUUGUUCACAAGAGCGUCAAGCAACGACUGGUGGAGAAAGAGUCUUCAUUGUCCCGUAUUUGCCUUCUUAUCACAGCAGUGUCCCUGGUCGCCUGGUUGCCCUUCGUCAUUGUCAAUAUGGUGUUUGAAUUCACUCCUAGCCAUACUUUUCAUUUCCACGUAUUCUAUAUUACUAAGAUUCUACAUUAUGGUAAUUCCUUGUUGAAUCCAGUCCUUUACGUGUUAAAGAUUCCUGACUUCAGGGCAAGUUUGCCAAAUUUGUGCACUAGAAAAAUUGCUGCUACUAGUUCAAACGAGCUAAGUGUACCCCAGUCAGCUCGCCGACGACGUUGUGAAGAGGUUACUGGCAAUCGUCGAAGUUUUCGCGAAGAAAGGGAGACCUCUUCGCAAGAAAUAACUAAUUAA